UUUUAUCUCUCCGUCAUUUCCUCACUUUGGGUCCUCCUUUUUUUCUCUCUUUUCUUUUCUUUUGCUUCCCUCUCUUAGACUACUGGCCAACCUUCUUCAACAGGGGGAGAAUCUCGCUGCCUACCUUGAGGAUAUUAUAUCCGCCCCGACUCCACUCUUAUUGGCUGCCGACCCUGUGGCCUAGUUUUGCAACGGCGGCGAAAACCCCGGAUUUACUUAUUUCCAUCGCGCGUUUUGUUGAAGCUCCCAACUUUCCACCUUCAGGGGGCCCAGUCAAGAAAGAAUUCCCCAGCCGGGAAUAGGAAUUGCUACGUGAUACUCUCCUUAUCAUAAAGAGCAUUUCACAUCGGACGGGGCUCUCUCUCCAUUUCCCAUUAGAGCCCCAACAAACACGCUACGGAACCCCCUUUCCUUUUAUUUAUUGUUUUUGGCUCCAUGCCAUUGUCGCACACUUGUGGAGAAGUAUUUCAUCACGGGGUCCAACUUGUCUAAACCAGUCUAGAGUGUAGCCUGUGUGAGACAAGUCGGGCGAUCUAACCUGCAGGAUUUCUUUCCCUGCGAACCUGCAAGACUUCUCUCAGGACGAGGUUUUCACCGCCUCUCUGUCACCUAAGAUGGCGGCAACUUUAGUCCCUCGAAAGUGGCGCGCAACAAAUGUCGAUGGUGACACCGAGCCGAGCUGGUUAAAGCGUCAGGUCACCAGUGGCUUGCAAUCCAUAUCCCGUCGGGCAUGUGCUCAUCCGAUCCACACGAUCGUGGUAGUUGCUUUGCUAGCCAGUACAACCUACGUCGGCCUGAUCGAGGGGAGCAUAUUUGACAGCAUUAGGAACCCCAAGAAUGUCGCUGGUCAAGUGGACGUGGACACCCUCCUCCAGGGUGGCAGGAAUCUUCGGUUAGGGGAGAGUACAUCCUGGAAAUGGCAGGUCGAGGAUGCUAUGACACCCGUGGAUAACGAGGCUACUCAGCAUCUCGCAUUGGCCACCUUUGUCUUCCCGGAUUCUACCAGAGCUGACGCUACUGCUCCCAUUGCCGACGAAGUACCAGUCCCUGCCAACGCUUCUGCACAGCCGGUUCCUCACACUCCGAAUUUAUUCUCCCCGUUUUCCCAUGAUUCGUCUCUGGCUUUCACUCUGCCAUAUGCCCACGUUUCUCCGUUCCUGAAAGCGGUACAGGAGAUCCCUGAUCCCUCGGCCGACGAAGAUGUCGACGAGCAGAAGAAAUGGAUUAUGCGGGCGGCUCGUGGACCUGCCAGUGGUCCCCGAACAGUGAAAAUCUGGUUUACGGAUGCUUGGAGUUCUUUCGUAGACUUGAUCAAGCACGCUGAAACAAUUGACAUUGUGAUUAUGACUCUGGGCUACUUGUCAAUGCACUUGAGCUUUGUCUCUCUCUUCUUCUCCAUGAGACGCUUGGGCUCAAAGUUUUGGCUUGCGGGCACAGUUCUUCUAGCGGGCGCUUUUGCAUUCCUGUUUGGUCUUCUCGUCACGACUAAACUUGGUGUUCCAAUCAACGUGCUCCUCUUGUCAGAAGGUCUUCCAUUUCUCGUCGUCACAAUCGGGUUUGAGAAGCCGAUCAUCCUCACUCGGGCCGUGCUUAACGCUUCGGCUGACAACAAGCGCCGAGGCGGUGCUGCGACUUCUGACCAACCCGCGGCGAGCACUGCGAAGUCUAUCCAAGACUCUAUCCAAAUUGCUAUCAGAGAACGGGGAGCUGAGAUUGUCCGGGAUUACUGUAUCGAGAUUGCUAUCCUCGUUGCUGGUGCAGCUUCAGGAGUGCAAGGUGGCUUAAGACAGUUCUGCUUCUUGGCUGCUUGGAUCUUGUUCUUCGACUGCCUCCUGCUUUUCACUUUCUACACGACUAUUCUUUGCAUCAAACUUGAAAUCACUCGAAUCAAGCGUCAUGUCGCGCUCCGCAAAGCUUUGGAAGAGGAUGGACUCACUCACCGCGUCGCUGAAAACGUGGCCUCAAACAGUGACUGGCCUCAGGGUGGCGCGGAAAGCAGUGAGACUAACAUCUUUGGGAGAAAAAUCAAGUCCAGCAACGUGCGUCGGUUUAAGAUUCUCAUGGUCGGAGGCUUUGUUCUGGUAAAUGUGGUUAAUUUGUCUGCCAUCCCUUUCCGAAAUUCCGCUUUGGGUUCUGUUCCAUUGCUCUCUCGCGUAUCCAACGUGCUAGCGCCGACCCCGAUUGACCCUUUCAAGGUCGCAGAAAAUGGCCUGGAUUCUAUCUAUGUGACUGCGAAGAGUCAGAUGACGGAAACUAUUGUGACUGUGAUCCCACCAAUCAAAUACAAGCUAGAGUAUCCUUCCGUGCACUAUGCUGCGGGAGACGAUAGCCAGUCCUUCGACAUUGAAUACACUGACCAGUUCUUGGAUGCUGUGGGUGGACGAGUGAUUGAAAGUCUUCUCAAGAGCAUUGAAGACCCAGUCAUCAGCAAGUGGAUUAUCGCUGCUCUCACCUUGAGCAUCAUUUUGAACGGCUACCUUUUCAACGCAGCACGGUGGAGCUUCAAGGAACCCGAGGCUCCCCCUGCACCCAAGGUUGUCGAACCGAAGGUUUACCCCAAAGUAAACUUGAACGAAGGCCCUAAGAGGAGUGCCGAGGAAUGCGAAGCAAUCCUGAAGGAAAAGCGAGCUUCUUACUUGUCGGACGAGGAACUCGUUGAGCUUUCUUUGCGAGGAAAGCUCCCGGGGUAUGCUCUGGAGAAAACCAUGGAAAAUGAGGAUCUUAUGAGCCGCGUCGAUGCCUUCACGAGGGCAGUCAAGAUUAGAAGGGCUGUAGUAUCUAGGACUAAGAGUACGACUGCUAUUACAAGUGGACUGGAGAACUCGAAGCUCCCCUACAAGGACUACAACUACACAUUAGUUCAUGGGGCAUGCUGUGAGAAUGUUAUCGGUUACUUGCCUCUGCCCCUUGGAGUUGCUGGCCCUCUUACUAUCGACGGUCAAAGCUACUUCAUUCCCAUGGCUACCACUGAAGGUGUCUUGGUAGCAAGCACCAACCGGGGUGCCAAGGCUAUUAAUGCAGGUGGUGGAGCAGUGACUGUUCUUACCGGUGAUGGCAUGACUCGUGGUCCAUGUGUCGGUUUUCCCACUCUGGCACGUGCAGCAGCAGCAAAAGUUUGGAUUGACUCUGAGGAAGGUCAAAGCAUCAUGAAAGCCGCGUUCAACUCUACCAGCCGCUUUGCCCGUCUUCAGACUAUGAAGACUGCCCUUGCAGGUACUUAUCUGUACAUCCGUUUCAAGACUACGACCGGUGAUGCUAUGGGUAUGAAUAUGAUCUCCAAGGGUGUUGAGAAGGCACUUCAUACUAUGUCGACUGAAUGUGGUUUUAAUGAUAUGGCAACUAUCUCCAUCUCUGGAAAUUUCUGCGCCGACAAGAAGUCCGCUGCCCUUAACUGGAUUGACGGCCGUGGAAAAUCGGUUGUGGCAGAGGCCAUUAUCCCCGGUGACGUCGUCAAAAGUGUGCUCAAAAGCAACGUCGACGCUCUGGUUGAAUUGAACACCAGUAAAAACCUGAUUGGAAGUGCCAUGGCUGGAAGCUUGGGUGGGUUUAACGCCCACGCGUCGAACAUUGUCACUGCCAUUUUCUUGGCGACAGGCCAGGACCCUGCACAGAACGUGGAGAGUAGUAGUUGUAUCACCACUAUGAGGAAUCUUAACGGCAGCCUUCAGAUUGCCGUGUCAAUGCCUUCAAUUGAGGUUGGAACUAUCGGUGGUGGUACGAUUCUUGAAGCUCAGGGUGCCAUGCUUGAUCUGCUUGGUGUACGCGGCUCUCACCCCACCAAUCCUGGUGACAAUGCCCGUCAACUAGCACGUAUUGUUGCUGCCGCUGUUCUUGCAGGCGAACUGAGCUUGUGCUCCGCACUUGCUGCCGGCCAUCUUGUCCGUGCGCAUAUGGCACACAACCGUAGUGCCGUUCCUACACGGUCAUCAACUCCCGUCUCAGCGGCAGUUGGGGCUGCUCGGGGACUGACCAUGACCAGAUCGAAAUGAAUCAGGGUCUAGGUGGCCACUGAUGUCUUCCGCUGCCUCAUGAUAUACUCACGCCAAUACCGCUGCUAUGUAGCAGACCCUCUUCCUGGCUCUCCUCCCCCAUUCCUUGUAUAUUCAAUGAUACCCUAUGGUUCUUGGUCAAUGACCUUUGUGGAGGGUCCCACAUCCUAUGACUCUUUGGAGGCUUUUAUAUGCCUUUGUUUUUUGGGAUUUACCGUUGCUCACCUUGUGACGACAAAUAAGUGGAGUAUGGAAUUACAAUCGUCUUUUUUUCUCGGCGCGGAGAGGAAAUGGAUACGAUAGAAAAGAUGACUUGAAUGCAAUAACCGAAAGGAAAACGAAUUGAGUAAAGGAGGAAUAAGCCAACCAGGCAUGUUAAAUGGAAAGGCUAAACGAUAUCUCUUGGAUGGAUGUAUAUUGAAAUAGAAACAAAGAACCUUGUCAUCGGGGAAUACAAUUGUUAAUCAUGGAAUAUUCAUGCCACGUAUAUAUCUAUUUGACCUCUGGGUUCUACACCUGAAAGAAUGAAUGAACGAAU